AUGUUUGGUUUAAGGUCCUUAAAUAAAACUCUGCCAUUUAAAUCAUAUCUUUCCAAAGGCCCUAGAAUCAAGCAAAGGCUAAAUAAUGUUAUUAGAUUGCAGCUGCCGAACAAUAGUAAGGUUUUGGCGAAACCUAGUAAGAAGCAUAAUGGAAGGAUAAAGAGGGCCACUGAAUUUAAGAGUAGCAAAAAAUUGCAGAGUUCUGGAAGAAGUUUUGAUGAUAAUUUUGAGCGCUUAAAAGAAACAAAGAGUAAAGAUUACAUAUAUACAGCGUUAGGUGUGAGUGGUAAUCAGUUGAAAGACUCGAAGUUGGUUGCAUUAGAUGUUAUGAAGCUAUGUAAAAAAAAGGAACUGCAUAAAGCCCUGAUGUUAACAAAGCUUGCUAACCGUAGAGGAGCUGUGGCGAUGAAUUAUUUGAUGGAGUUCUAUAUGCGUCAACUUCAAGAUGGGAAGAGUGCUAUAGAUUUAUACAACUAUAGAAAGAAGUGGGGUAUUCCUAUUACUGAUGCAACCAAUACGAUUCUUUUUUCAGGGCUUGCUAAACUACAGAGGCCACUUUCUAAAGCUCUCACAAACACAGUAUUCGAAAUUAUAAAAGGAUUAAUCACAACGUCUCAAAUGAACAUAAUUACGCUUAACGCAGCUUUUAACUGUCUACUUAAUUCAAGUAACCCGGAGUACGUUUUUAAAGCCCUGAAACUUAAGUCUUCCAAUUUGGUUUUAGACGAAAUUAGCUAUGAAAUGCUAUUAAGGGCUGCUUUAUUUAUCAGGAACGACUUCGAAGCUAUUGAUCAGGCUAACGCAGUUAUUAAAAGCGUACCAAAAGAGCUAGUAACAAACAGGAUUUUAUUCCACUAUAUUAAUGUUUGGAAUAUGCGAGACAAUCCUGAUCUAUCGCGUACUGCAUUAAACCUAAUUCACAGGUUUUAUAAUUGUGGUGGGCUUAAUCGACCUCCAAAAGCACCCGCUAUAGCACGUAUCCCUAAUUUCGAAGAAUGGUCUAUCAGAUCUAAGCUUUCUCUUGAUGAUCAUAUAUGUGCUCUGAUGUUAGAAAACUACUUCAAACGUAAAUUAUGGAACAAAGUAGAUGAACAUUUUAACUACUUAAGAGAUCAGGAUCCUUCCUGUUUAAAUGAGAAGGCGUAUUUGUAUGCAAUCAAAGUUAGAGCAAUAGAGAAACCUGCUACCUGUAUACCUUACAGUCUGGAGUUGUAUAGAGAACUCCAUAUCAAGCAAAAGGCCGUUUCUAAAUCAGUUCUACUUGCGGUGUACGAGUCCAUGGCACGUCAGUUGGAAAAAAAAUCAAUACAGAAUAAUAAGACUAACUUGAAUACAACGCUAAAAACAAUCCAUUCAUUUGUGACGCAAUACGAUUCACUCAAGAUCAAUGGUACUGUGGUUUUAAAUAUUCGCUCAUGGUAUGCAUACUUGAAGCUUUUAUCCUACUUCAAAAAAUCCAAAGCCGAUUUAAUACAUCCUGAAAGACUAGAAGCGAUUGUCACGCUAUUCAUAUCCAGUUUUGAAAACUCUGCACUCAAUCUUCAACUUAGCAACAAAGAAUUGAAAAACAGUGCAAGUUACACCACCUUCGUUUAUAGAGAAAUCAUAAGAUUCUGUGAAAAUUUUACAAAAAAUGCUAGACCAGAUUCAACUAGCCGUAUUCUGGAAUUCAAGUCAAUGUUGCAAGAGCAGCAUAGGAAAUUAAGACUAGAAAUUUAG